AUGUCAGAGGCCAAGCCCGACGACGCGCCCGCCGAACCGCGCUGCGUCCUCCUCCCGUCGCCACAGCCAGGCUCCCUCAUCCAGGCGAACGACCUCGUUGUGGUGUACGAGUCGUACUCGUCGAUGAAGUACGUCUACGUCGACCCGUCCCGGCAGUUCCAGAACAAGUUCGGCGCGUUCGCCAUGUCGGCGUGGGUCGGCCUCCCCUUCGGCACCAAGGUGCACUCGACCAACGCCAAGGUCGGCAAAGGGUGGGUCUACCUCCUGCGGCCGACGCCCGAGCUGUGGACGCAGACGCUCUCGCACCGCACGCAGAUCCUGUACGCGGCGGACAUCGCGCUGGUGUGCGCGUGGCUCGAGCUCUCGCCCGGGGCGGUGGUGCUCGAGUCAGGGACCGGCAGCGGGUCGCUCACGACGUCGCUGGCGCGCGCGGUCGCGCCGACGGGCAGGGUGUACACGUACGAGUUCCACGAGGAGCGCGCGAAGAAGGCCGAGGCGGAGUUCGCGCGGCACGGGCUGUCCGGCGUUGAGGUGGCAUGCCGCGACAUCGAGGGCCUGGGGUUCCCGGACGCGCACGCCGGGGGCGCGGACGCGGUGUUUCUUGAUCUUCCGCGGCCGUACGUGGUCGUCAAGUCGGCCGCGGCGUGCCUGCGGCGCGACGGGGUGUUUUGCAGCUUCUCGCCGUGCAUCGAGCAGGUGCAGCGCACGUGCCUGGAGCUCGCGAACGAGGGGUUCGGGGAGAUCCGGACGUUCGAGAUCCUGCUGCGGAUAUACGACGUGUGGCGGGAGCGGCCCGUGGAGGACCUGGACAAGUGGGUGGAGGACCUGAACGCGUCGUACGAGCGGGAGUUCGAGAAGCGGCGGGCGAAGCGCGCGAGGACGGAGGACGGGGGCGGGGCGGCGGAGGGCGCGUCGCAGGGCGCUGGGGCGGCGGAGCCGGGGCCGACGGCGACGGAGGUGGUGCCCGAGAGGGUUGUGCGCACAAAGCCGCAGAACGGCGCACGCGGGCACACGGGGUACCUGACGUUCGCGCGCAAGCUUGUGUGCUUCGUGGACGAGGAGAAGGAGACGCCGGCGCCCGCGGGCGACGGCGCAGAACAAGAUGGCGGAGAGUAG